GGGAUAAUAUAGAGUCAUUUGUCAUCGAUUUAGCAUAUGAUGGUGUUUAUAGAUCAUGGCCGUGUCUUAAAAACAAAUUACCAAUUGAUAAAGAGUCGUUUCCGUUGAUUGUAUUGGUAUUUUCCCAUUUUAUAAUAAUGGAGCAAUAUGUUAAUAAAAUUGUAAGCGACUAUGAAGAUCGAGAAAAUCGACCACCAUUUGAACAGACCGAAAAGUUGAAAUUUAUUAGAAGAAUGCCAACCACAACACAGUUCAAUGAAGCACAAAAGAAAUACACUCUAUGUUUUAUAAAAUUUAUUAAAAAAAUACCACAAUGGGUUAAUGUGCAUGUGAUGAAGGACAAAAAUGUUUUGGUAUUGCUUAUAAACUAA